UGAUAGCGGUAAACGUUCAAUACAACUAGUUUGGUUAUUCUUUUAUAAUUUAAUUAAAAAAUAUUAACAUAAUGUUUUCAAAUGUAAAAUUAAUUUUUCUUCUUAUGACAAUUUGUAUUCUUGAUAAUACGUAUGCAAGUCAAACAUCAUGUGAAGAAAAAAUAAAUCAAUCAUUUUAUCUAAGACCUUACUUAGGCAACUCAAAAAAUAUUGAGGAUCAUUGUAAAUCAUUACAAAUUAAUGACAUAGAAGAAUUAAAAGAAACAGAGAUUGGUGUUGUUUACAGAUAUGUGAAAUAUCUGCAUUACCGUACAGAAGGACCGAUAGAAGUACAAGAAUGGUGUGAUACGUAUGAAGAAAAGACUUGCGUAGAUUCAUUUAACGAUUUUCAUUCCUUCAAAAAUUGCACUACAAUAGAAUGUGUAGUUGAAAAUAUCAACAAAUUUGAUUCUAAAAUUCUUAUGCUGGAAAAUAGUGUCCUACAGAGAUACGCAGAUUAUAUUAAAUUUGAAAUACAAAACGAGAGUACUCUAAGAACAAUAUUGUUUUGGAAUGCUUGGUGUAAUAAAAUCGAAAACUUAUGUAUGGAGCCAAUACGAAUGUUGGGAUUUACAAUUGAAGUAUAUGCUAUCGCUAAACUUAAAAAUCAAGCAAUCAUAGACGGAACUUUGAAAAAUUACGACGAUGCAGAAACAAACCAGAUUUUAAUGCAAAUACUUAUAAACCGGAAUAAACAACAUGCUAACGAGAUCAAUAUGCUUGAAAUACCAUUCGAAGAUUAUAUUCUAAAAUGGUAUAUAGACAAUUUGAGAGAUGAAAAAGUUUUGGAUAUACAAACCUAUUGUCUGAAUGCAUGCAAUCAAGCAGCAGCUCAAUAUAAUAUCACCGAUAAACUAUUUUCGCCAGAUCAAAAAUUUUCGAGAGUCGGAAGAAAACCUUAUAAGAAACCAAUUGAUGAGGCAUCCUCAAGUUCAUUAAAAAGGUCCAACUCUCUUCCAAAAGAAAAAAAACCCAUCUCAAACUCACCGGAGUUAAGAAGAAAUGUCUAUGUUCCAGGAGAAGAAAAACCCAUCUCAAGCACGGAGACAAUGAGUUCUACCUAUGUUUCAAAAGAAAGAGAGUCAACUAACACGAUCAAUUUACCGGCCCGUUCAAAUAUGGAUAAAGGAUUUCUUAGUUGCUUCCAUUCAUUACAAGAAAUUAUUGGAUCGUUUUUAAUACAGAAAUACAGUAAAGUGGAAGAAUACUGUUUGAAAGAAUGUAUGUAAAUGUAAGAAUUGAAUUUAUUGAUUCCAAGUUAUGUUUAUUAUGUU